AUGGUCACUUCUCUUGAAGACAAUAAUUUGGCAUUGGCCAUAUUAAAGAUGCUUGGACUUGUUUCACAACGAAGCAUCGAAGACCCAGGUGCGCCAACAAUAAUUCAGCUACCAACGACACCUCGAAUGGGAGUGCGAGUAUCGGAAAGGGACGUUUGUCCAUUCGGUGCCGAUCCUCUUCUCUUGUCUGGUGAAUAUUCAUAUUGCAAGCCAUCACUGAAUGGCGCUUGUCCUGUUGGUUUUAUAUGCGAUCAAAGCUUCGUGUUGGGUCGUUCAAUUUGUUGUCAGGAUUUAAGGAGUCGACCGAGAGGACGUGGCACAGACGAAUCGAGUCUUUAUUUGAACAUUCGCUUUAAAUUAUUUUUAGCUACCAACUCACCGUCGAGUGCUGUGGAUAGCACCUGGAACGGUACAUCUGCCAAAGGUGUGAAUGUUGAUGUGAUUCAGUCGACAGAAUCACCUCGAUGGACUCCAUUCGCUACAAUUACUACACGAAGAACACCUUGGUACAUUAAAGACAGGAUAGCAAUUUUGAAUCCUGAUGCAAACACUACUAGUAUGACCACUCCUUCGAAUUACCAGUCAACCACUGCUUCAUUUCCAGCCACAGCCACUGCCAUUCCAUCUCAAAUUGAACUGACUGGAGCUAAGGGCACUGAAGGAAGCUCAACUAAACCGUUUCAAGUGGUAUCAGUAUUCCAGCCUAAACAUCCAGAAACCACAACCGGCGAGCCAACCUCGUCCACGUCAAUGCCUGGUGCAGAUAUCAUUGUUGAAAUAUCAUCUACAACAAGUGAACAACCAAAAAAAGCUGAAAUAGUAGCAAUACCAGUAAUAACAUCAACGAAAUCACUGAAUCACUGGGCACGAAUAUGGACUACAGAAGCAACGCCUCAUAGUGCAGUCAACGUUUCAGUCCUACAGUCAGGUAGUAUGCAUACAUUGAAUGGCAUUCAAAUGGAAAGUGUUGCAACGAUAACACUGAUCAAUGAUAAUGGACGCUUGUUGCUGGUGGAUACGGGUUUGGCAAAAGAAUCGAUAACAUUAGAUGAAAUUGAUGUGGUUGUAAUUACGAAUGGACAUCCCGGAUAUAUUGGUAAUUUGAACUUGUUUGGGCGAAAACCGAUUCUGUUCCAUACACUGGAAUACGUUGGGAGGCAUGUCAGUGCGACUGAACUCAAAGAUAGACCAUAUCGAAAACUCUCAACAAACGUUGAAGUGUGGAAAACACCGGGCCAAACGCAACAAGAUUUAAGCGUUCUUGUAUAUAACGUUCCCGGAUAUGGAUCGAUGGCUAUUGUCGGUGAUCUCAUCCCGUCCGAAGCGUUCUUCAAUGAAAAAACUGAUCUGAUGAUCGAUGAAGGAGUUUGGGAUGCAGCAUCAAAACGUCAAAAUGCGAACUUGAUGAUUUGUAUGGCUGAUUGGAUAAUACCAGGACAUGGACAACCAUUCCGAGUUCUACCACAAUAUAGACAAAAGGCCGGAUGUCAUCGUAUUUUGUCCAAGCAACGUAAAGUGCACUAA